AUAACAUGGUUUGUUUGUUUUUUAAUACCAGAGCUUCACGAUACAGACGUUAGUGUUCCUUUCAUGACAUGUGAAAGAAUACCAUAUAAAGACAAAUUCUUAUGAAAAUACAUUGACAAAAGAAUUCCCCCCCCCCACACACACACACGUCUUAUAGCUACGUAAAUCGUGCCAAUUCCUAUCAGUCAAAAGCAAAAAAAAAUAAUUAAAAAUACUUUGAAGAUUAGUCAAGAUAGUUCACAUCCCAGUCGGCCACCCGUGUUUUGGCUGUUGCUCGUGUGUUCUGAUCGAGGGCCACAUGAUGUUUUUUUCAUUUUAUUUUUAAAACAUACACAUGGUCCAGGUCAUUCGUAGAUUCGGAAAAAAAAAUGAGUUAGAAUGCCUUUAUAAAAUACCUUAUUUAAAUCAUAGCAAUCAUUCUCAUGUAUUCAUUAAUGUUGAAUUUAUAAUACCUGAACAAUUUAUUCAUUCCAGUUUAUAAAAUUGUUGAAUGUAUGCAUAAAGUAGUUUUCUCAACAAAAUAGUGAAUUAUAUUUUUGUAAUGAACGUCAUUAUAAUUAAUCAAUUUAAUUCAACUAAUAAAAUGUGCUAAAUCUAAAUUCGAAAUAGUUUACUUUUAUAAACUUAUACUUCAUUCAGAUAAUUAAAACUAUUUUAGCAUAAUUAAUGAACUAAUUAUUCUAUGGAAUAAAUACAAAAAGUAAAAUUAAUACCUAAAAAUGCUCUUAAAUAAUAUUUAUUCUUUUAAAAUUUACAAUAAAGUAAUUCAUGAACUAUUUAUUGAGCUGGAGGCAUACAAAUACACAUUUUAAUUAAAAACAAAAAACAAUCGCCAAAGUAAUGCAACAAAUAUUGCAGGACUCUUGAUUACGUAAAUUAUCGGGGUAUGCUUUGUGUCUAUAAAUCAUUAUUUAGUAUUUAGUACCUGUUAUGGUUGAACGUAAAAUUAUUAUUCUUUUUACACUAAUUCUACAAGCGAAAACUUUCGCGCUCUCAGACGCGGAAGUGUCUUCAGACGAAAGCGGAAGUAUUUGGGCGAAGCCGCUCUCGGUCCGAGUGUCGGACGUGUGCGCUCUUGACGACGUCGCGGCUCGACGUUGCAGCGCAAGAUGUUAUUUACGAUGAACACGAGAGCCUGCCAGUGAUGCGAAUGCGCCCGCUGGAUUACAACGGAGCUCUUACACUUUUACCAUUUUGGAUUGACGAAGCCCACUGUGCUUGUUAGGAUAAAGAUUUAAAAUAAUAAAAAAAAGGCUGUCCACAUUUGUGUCGCUUGCAUUGAGGGUGCUUUCAUGGAGCUGAGGGACGUGAGAGAGAGAGGGUGUCACCACGAUGCGGGGUCUGAACUCGCUCCAGGACAGGCGCCCGAUCCCAGCGUGAUGUUAGCCUGCUAGCGUCGUGAUGCAGCGCUGACUGUGAUCUGACUUUGAACCGCUCGCUGCCGGCCUCCCAUCAUGGCGACCAACGGCGGCGAUCUGACGACGGGGAUGGGGGAAAUCAUCCAGCUCAACGUGGGUGGGACGCGUUUCAGCACCUCUCGACAGACUCUCAUGUGGAUCCCAGACUCCUUCUUCUCGAGUCUGCUGAGUGGAAGAAUAUCCACUCUUCGGGAUGAAACUGGAGCUAUAUUUAUUGACAGAGACCCCACAGCUUUUGCACCAAUUUUAAAUUUCCUCCGAACCAAAGAACUUGACCUGCGUGGCGUCAACAUCAGCGUUCUGCGGCAUGAAGCUGAAUUUUAUGGCAUAACCCCCUUAGUGCGGCGCCUCCUACUGUGUGAAGAAUUGGACCGCUCGUCAUGUGGCAGCGUUCUCUUCCAUGGUUAUCUCCCGCCUCCAGCCAUACCUGGCCGGAAGUCAAGCUCCGCCUCCUCCUGUGACGAGCGACCGGGUUCCAGUGGAGCGGAGGGGUUCAGCUAUGUCGGCGCCCCUCCUCACCCUCCUUUCCCCGGCUCACCUGGAUUAGAUGAAGCUCAUAAACUUGGACCGGACCCUCGUAAGGUGCUGAUCAUAGCAGGACACCACAACUGGAUUGUAGCGGCGUACGCACACUUUGUCAUCUGCUACAGGAUAAAGGAAUCUACCGGAUGGCAACAAGUGUUCUCCUCUCCCUGCCUUGACUGGACCAUUGAACGCAUCGCACUGAACGCCAAGGUGGUGGGCGGCCCGCACGGCGACAAGGACAAGAUGGUGGCCGCCGCCUCGGAGAGCAGCAUCGUCCUCUGGAGCAUCCAAGAUGGAGGCAGCGGCAAUGAGAUAGGCGUGUUCAGCCUCGGUGUGCCUGUGGACGAUCUCUUCUUCAUCGGAAACCAGCUGGUGGCUACGAGCCACACUGGGAAGGUCGGAGUGUGGAAUGCUGUAACGCAGCACUGGCAGGUUCAAGAUGUUGUUCCCAUCACCAGCUGCGACACAGCUGGAUCCUUCUUGUUACUGGGCUGCAACAAUGGCUCCAUCUACUAUAUUGACAUGCAAAAGUUUCCACUGAGAAUGAAAGACAACGACCUCCUGGUGACAGAGCUUUAUCACGAUCCGUCAAAUGACGCCAUCACCGCAUUGUCUGUCUACCUCACGCCAAAAACCAGUGUGAGCGGGAACUGGCUCGAGAUCGCCUACGGGACCAGCAGUGGCGCAGUGAGAGUCAUCGUGCAGCACCCAGAGACGGUCGGCUCGGGCCCUCAGCUCUUCCAGACGUUCACUGUGCACAGGAGCCCCGUGACCAAGAUCAUGUUGUCCGAGAAACACCUGGUCUCAGUGUGCGGCGAUAACAACCACGUGCGCACAUGGACGGUGACGCGCUUCCGAGGGAUGAUUUCCACCCAGCCGGGCUCCACACCCUUGGCGUCCUUCAAAAUACUCUCCUUGGAGGAAACAGAGAGCCACGGCAGCUACUGUUCUGGGAACGACAUCGGUCCGUUUGGAGAGCGAGAUGAUCAGCAGGUGUUCAUCCAGAAGGUCGUCCCCAUCACCAACAAGGUCUUUGUGAGGCUCUCGUCCACUGGGAAAAGAAUCUGUGAAGUGCAGUCGGUGGACGGCACCACCAUCUCUUGCUUCAUGGUCCGUGAGUGCGAGGGUUCCAGCCGGAUGGGCUCGCGACCUCGCCACUAUUUGUUCACCGGUCACGGCAACGGCAGCAUCCAAUUGUGGGACCUGACCACGGCCAUGGACACCGCCAACAAAGGAGAGGAGAAGAAGAAAGAGGAUGUCGGCGGCCCCACAGAAGAGGAACUUCUACAGCUGUUGGACCAGUGUGACCUGAGCACGUCUCGCUGCGCCACGCCCAACAUUAGCCCCGCACCCUCGGUGCUGCAGCACACGCGCCUCAGAGAAUCUUCCUCAAGUGUGCAGUUGCAGGUUCAGGAAGCCAUUCCUGAGAACCAGGUGACCUACGGAGCUGUGCGGCCUUACAGGGAGAGCCCCCUGCUGGCCCGCGCCAGACGAACAGAGUCCUUUCACAGCAACAGAGACUUCCAGAACUUCAGCCUGAGUCGAGGUAUCCUGGACAGCACAGAUGAGAGCCCUAGUCAGCCCGCGCACGCACGCCGUUCCCUCUGCGACUUUGGCUCCGAGGAGAGCGAGGGGAGGCUCUCUGCCAUGGAGCUGUGGACCUGCCGCAGCAACGACGUCAACAACGCAAACGCUCUGACCGCUGCUGACAGGACCAAGACCGACAGCGGGAGUCAGGAAUCUCCACGGCAACCCCCUGACAGCCCGGUCCCCGGAGGAGGCGACGUCAGACGGAGGGCGCACCCGCAGCCCGAGGAGGGGGAAGGCGUGGGGGCGGCUGGAGACGGGGCCAAGGCGGAGGGCGGUGCGAAGAAGAGGGGAGUGCUGGAGGUGGGCUUUCUGGGGAGGAAGCGGGCACCCCCAGUCCCAAUGCUCUCCCUUGGAUCCGAAGGCGCCGGCAGCGACCCCCCCCUUAACGUCUCUCCUUCCCCCACCAAACUGACUUCCUGCACCUCGCCACGACAGAGGAAGCUCACGGCUGAGUCGUCCAAUCAGGACAGCAGCCUGUGACCCGAUUCCUUCCACAGUCCAAAAACUGAGUGUGAAUGAUUGUGUGACUCUGUGAUUGAAUGAUCAGUCCAGCACGUACCUGCCUUCUCAUAUACUAAGGCUGGGAUUACACUGCCUGGAUCAGGUGAUGCAAAACUAGACUACAUUUCGGUCAAUUGGAAACUUUCCUUGGGAAUGAAUGACAAUUUAUGGGAAUGAAUCAAGAAUUUAGAAAAUUUAAGGUUACCUGAAUUCCAGUUUAUUCCCAUAAUUCCCAUGGUAUGUUUCCAAUUUGGAAUUCCCCCCCCCCCCCAUCUUAAAUUCUUCUUCUUUUCCUUUCGGCUUGUCCCGUUAGGGGUCGCCACAGCGCGUCAUCCUUUUCCAUGAGAGCCUAUCUCCUGCAUCCUCCUCUCGAACACCAACUGCCAUCAUGUCUUCCCUCACGACAUCCAUCAACCUUCUCUUUGGUCUUCCUCUAGCUCUCUUGCCUGGCAGCUCCAUCCUCAUCAUCCUUCUACCAAUAUACUCACUCUCUCUCCUCUGGACGUGUCCAAACCAUUGAAGUCUGCUCUCUCUAACUUUGUCUCCAAAACAUCGAACCUUGGCCGUCCCUCUGAUGAGCUCAUUUCUAAUUUUAUCCAACCUGGUCACUCCGAGAGCGAACCUCAACAUCUUCAUUUCCGCCACCUCCAGCUCUGCUUCCUGUUUUCUCUACAGUGCCACUGUCUCUAAUCCAUACAUCAUGGCUGGCCUCACCACUGUUUUAUAAACUUUGCCCUUCAUC